GGUAAGUAAAAUCGGCGCAUCGAUGCUUCUUGUUGUCUCAAUCUCACUCACGGGGAUUUUUCUUGUGCUGGUGUCGGAAAAAUUCUUUAUUUUCUCAAUUUUUAUAUGGGUUUUGAUUUAUGAAGGACAUUGUACGAGGAUAGUUGGAGAGAUUAUGAUUUGCUUUUGUUAAUGGAGAGACAUAGAUAUAUUGCAGACAAGUUGUUCGACGAUAAGCCGCGGAGGAAGUCUAUGAUCUGCCGAUUUGAUUGGAACCCAGAAUAGGCAAUGGUGUUGUAAAGAACUUCGACUAACGAAGAAUGAGAAUGGUCGAGCUGUCUAUUUGUAAUCGGAGAUUCACUUACGUGCACGACCGUGAGCGAGCUGGGGGAGCCAUUGACACUCACCAUGUAUUCAUCAAUAGAAGCAAAGCAAGUGGUUGUACGGCUUGCCUCUCGUUCAUUUUCUUGGUGGUUCUUGUCACCGGUUCCCUUUAUCUCUUGUUUGGCAAGGACAAUCCCGCAAUCAUUUUUUCAUGGAGUUGCCUUUUAAGUGGAUCUUUUGUUAUCUUCAAGUCUCAGAAGUCUGUAACCAAAGAAUCUGUUAUAAUAAUGCCAGUCUUUGGAGUCCAACUUGAAACUCACUAUUCAAGUGGAAGAUAUGUCUCCAGAUUUAUACCAAUUCACAAGAUAUUGAAGCCUGUGCUUGUUGAAUGUGUCACCCCUGUCACCUGUUAUUGGAGUCUCUCCUUACUUCUGCGUGGAGAGGAACAACUAACAUUGGUGUUUAAGGAACUGCGUCCACCGAUGAAGAUGUUGGUCCCGAUUUGGAAGGCUUUGUGCUCUAUUAUCGACUCAGGCCAAGAUGUAGAUAUUAACUGAAGAACAAGUUCCAUAUAGGUGAAGGGCUUUGCAUCAAACUCUGAAUCACAAUGUUAGCAGCAAAGCAUGGUAGAUCAGACACAAAAUCCAGUGUACUGAAACAGAAGCCUACCAAGCUUGUAGGUGAUUGCUUUGGCUGUCUGCUUUAUGUGAAAGAUGAUGACAAUACCUUCUUCAGGAGCCAUGGCUAUUCUUCUGCUGUGGUAUAGCAUAAGUUGUGAGGUUUUGACAUGAGCUAACCGGGCUCACUGACUUCCACGAGUCAGCUUUUUCUCUACUUUGACUGAAUUGCUUACGGAGUUAUUAUAUAGCUUAUUACAAUGUCUUGGAAACUUUACUAGGACGCAUUAAUUGAGAAAAUGUAUGAUCAUUAGUCCAAGCGUGAGCUCAUCAUGGCUUAUUUCAUGGACCGUUUGUCAUUUA